GACGGCGCCCGUGGACGCGGCCAGGCGGGCGCGGCGCGCGCCGGCCCCACGCGCGGGCCAUGGCCUCCAACUUUAACGACAUCGUCAAGCAGGGCUACGUGAAGAUCCGCAGCAGGAAACUGGGGAUUUUCAGACGAUGCUGGUUGGUUUUCAAGAAGGCUUCUAGUAAAGGACCCAGAAGGCUAGAGAAAUUUCCAGACGAGAAGGCUGCGUAUUUCAGAAACUUCCAUAAGGUGACCGAACUGCACAACAUCAAGAACAUAACCAGGCUGCCUCGGGAGACAAAGAAGCACGCAGUGGCCAUUAUCUUCCAUGACGAGACGUCAAAGACAUUUGCCUGUGAGUCAGAGCUGGAGGCCGAGGAGUGGUGCAAGCACCUGUGCAUGGAGUGCCUGGGGACCCGGCUCAACGACAUCAGCCUGGGGGAGCCCGACCUGCUGGCGGCGGGCGUGCAGCGGGAACAGAACGAACGAUUCAAUGUGUAUCUUAUGCCUACACCAAAUCUGGACAUUUACGGCGAGUGCACCAUGCAGAUCACUCACGAGAACAUCUAUCUCUGGGAUAUCCACAAUGCCAAGGUCAAACUGGUGAUGUGGCCUCUCAGCUCACUGCGGAGGUAUGGACGGGACUCCACGUGGUUCACAUUUGAAUCGGGCAGAAUGUGUGACACAGGAGAAGGACUAUUCACUUUUCAAACAAGGGAAGGAGAAAUGAUCUAUCAGAAGGUCCAUUCUGCGACGCUGGCCAUAGCUGAGCAACAUGAGAGAUUGAUGCUAGAGAUGGAGCAGAAGGCCCGGCUUCAGACAAGCUUGACCGAACCGAUGACGUUGUCCAAGUCCAUAUCGCUGCCCCGUAGCGCCUACUGGCAUCACAUCACCCGUCAGAGCAGCGUUGGGGAAAUCUACAAUUUGCAAGGUCAUGGGUUUGGCUCCUCCAAGAUGUCUCGUGCGCAGACAUUCCCCAGCUACACCUCGGAGCAGAGUGAAGAGCCCCAGCAGACCUUGUCCCGGUCAAGCAGCUAUGGGUUCAGCUACAGCUCCAGCCUCAUUCAAUGACACACAGAGAGCCACUGUGACCGGAAAGACAGUCUGUGCCAGACCUGCUUGCAGGGUCAUUGUGCCCUCUGGCUCCUGGAAGACCAAUUGCAGUAAAAAUUGAAAUGGGGCAGGUCUAGCCCCAAUCCCAGUGGAAGGUUAAAAACUGGAGUUCUGCUUCCAUGAUUCCGUGGCUAAGUUCUUUAUUUAUUGAAUUUCUUUGGGGGAAUCUAUGUUUUACAAAAAUAGAAUCCAAAUCGUUUGAACAGUUAUUCAAACAAAAUCCUUUGGGUCUGACAGUAGCAGAAGCCUGGGCACUGUGAGAAGCUGUUCACACUGGGUUGUACCUGGGUGGUGGCCUCUACCCCUGUCCUCACAGACCAGUCCUCCUGUCUGAUGACAAAAUCUGACCUGAGAUAUAACGGUGACCCACCAUAGCCUUGUGGCUUGGAAGAUUUUGACAGGGACAAAUCCAGUACGCUGUAUAAACGGUAUCAUAACUCUCCAUGUAACUAAUCCCCAUGUCAAUUAAGGGGACACAAAAUUUACUACACACCAUUAAGCAGAGUCUUACAGCUCUGCUGUGAGUGUGUGGGGUGUGUGUGCGCGCGCGCGUGUGUUGACAAAUAUAGAUAUGGAUAUUGCUAUAUCCAUCUAUAUCUAACGAGUAUAUAUCAAAUGUGUGCUGAGGGUGACAGGAUAUGCUCACUUAAAUUGUUGAAAACUGUAAUUUGGUGCAUUACAAUUAAGAUUGUUAUGUUGAAUAGCUAUUUUAAAAAUAGUGC